GGGCUGGUGUUGUGAGCUAUUUUUCUGAUUUGUGCCAUUUUCUGCUGCAUUAUUGUUGAGGUGGUUUAUUUUCCACUUCUUCUUUUCCCAAGAGGCAGCAGGAGUGUUAAGCUUCCCUUACAUGUCACCUAUCAAGGGUCUCAGAAGAGUGAAUUGUCAUUUGCAUCAGGAUUUGGGGCUUUUUAUGAGCAAGAAGUAAAUGUAUCUAAGUAGUGAGCUGUUACUGAUUUGAAGGAAACUUGAAUCCAUUUGUCAUUGAGGCACUUGUCACAACUCUCCUAGUUUCAGCAUCCAGGUUUUCUGAAUGUAAAAUCCACCAAACCCCAAAUGAAACAAAAACUUCACAGCCUCCCAAAAAUAUCCUUAAGGCCACCAGGGCCAGAUCCAUUUUCUUUUCACAGGUGGGUGCAAAGGUGCUCCCAGGCUCUGAGGAACAGCAGAAGACUUGCUACCAUGGAGUUCAGCCUAAGCCUGCUUUACAUGUGUGUGAUGAUCAGGGGUCUGGGGAUCAUCAGAGGGUCAUUGGAGUCACUGGGGCAGGACCGUCAGGGAUCCUGCUCUGGUGCAGAUGGGGUGAAGUGAAGCAGAGACAUGACAAGUAGGUCACCAAAAUAUUUGCAGCACUUUAAUUUGCCUAAAACUGAUCUUCCCCUGCCAAGCCACCAUGUCACAUUGGCCAUUUGCCCCUCAGCUCAGUCCCAUGUUGGUGGCAAGUUCUCAUCCUCUUGGCGCUGGUCAGGGCCGCAGUUUCUUUCUUAUGGUCCACGAUCCUUGUUUUAUAUCUACGUUAUACAGGCACCAGAAAGGAUUUUUGUCCCCUUCCUGCAAGAUAAUGACACAGUGCCUUUCCAUGGGUGUACUGGUGCCUUCUUCUCCCAGGAACAUUCUUCCCCCAGAGACAUUUCCUACUGCACUGCCAGGGCCCAGCUCAUCUUCACACUCUGUCUUUGCUCCACCUGCAUGAGUGUCCACACCUGGGCAUGAAGAAAGUUGGGAGGACACCAGAGGGAGUUGGAGGGAAGGAUCGCACAUAUGGUCCAUCCUUGGUGCACACAGGUUUUUGUGCACUGGGAGCUCAGCAUCUUGGUGAAAUCAGCCCUCAGCAAGGUCACCCAGCUGGACCUCCAGACCAGGCCCCCUCCAGGGGCCUGCUCAGGGGUCAUGCUCAAGUCCCACCAGAGCAAAGCAGGGGGUCUGAGGCUCUUCCAGGGAGAAGAAUUUAUUGCUUCUGUACUCGUGCCACCUGCAGGCCAAAAGAAAACUUGUAUAAUCUCCAUUCACGGUUCAGUUCACAGCUGCCUGGACCAUUUCUCUGGGCAGCUGGACACUCCCAAACUUCAUGUUCUGUGGUUUUGCACACUAGUUCCCAGCCAUAAGAUGUCCUGGAAAGAGGAGUGUAUGGAUCCACCCCCAUGUUUCAUCCAGCACCUGGACCACCUUGUGUUGACAGUGAAGAGCACUGAGGACACUGUGGCCUUUUAUUCCAAAGUCCUGGGCACAGAGGUGGUGACUUUCAAGGGAAAUUGCAAAGCUUUACAUUUUGGCAACCGGAAGUUUAACCUAUGUGAGGCUAGGAAGGAGUUUGAAACCAAGGCUUGGUGCUCAGUCCCUGGCUCUGCAAACAUCUGCUCUAUCACACAGGUGCCCCUGGACAAGCUGUUGAAUCAUCUGAAGGCCUGUGGGGUGAUCAUUGAAGAAGAUCCCAUGGCCAGAACUGGUGCCAUGGGUCCAAUAAUGUCAAUCUGCUUCUGAGACCCCAAUGAGAAUCUGAUCGAGGUUUCUAGGUACAGCACAGACGUGACUGCAGUCGACAGAGGGGAACCCUAACCACAGCCAUACUCUGUGUUCCCACAGGAUAAAGGAUGCAGAGGUCAGGUUUUCAAUGGCCCAUUUCAGGUUCAAGCUUUUAUUUUGCAAACCUAGGACAAGUCUUAAAUCCCAGCCAUAAAAGUAGGGCUGCAUGAACCCUGAGAGCUUUCCCAAGGCAGCGUGCUCACCUCUCAUCCCUGGGUGUGAAUUCUACUUUUAUAAAUCACCAUCAAUGGAGACUUCAUGACCUUCUUGGAAAAUCUGUCCUGCUGCUGCUGCACUACUCUUUUUUGGGGACAUUUUUCCUAAUGUCUGCCACCCCUUUUGCUGCAGUUGAAGCCUCUCAUUUCUACAUUGUCCUCCAUGAACACAAAGAACCUGUCAUUCCUCUCUUCUUAAAAGUCACUUUUACACACCUGAAGAUUUCUGUCUCCAUUCUCUGUCUGGCUGCUUGUCCUGACUCAGGCUGGCAGGCACUGGUGGCUCUCACACCAAGCCAGUGGUUUAAAUCCAGCUGAAUCUGUUGAAAUCCAGUUCCCUCCUGGAAACUGGGAACUUGGCCUCAGUGUCUGACACACAAAGUGCUCCUGAGGCUGGAGCUCUGUGCCUCAUGCUUAGCUCUGCAUAAAUAGUUAUAGGGUUCCUGUCAACCGGGAUGGGAAAAAGCAGAGAUGUCCUGCACGGCAUGGAGGGAGGCAGGACUCAUCCCCACCAGGAGGAGUGAGCAUCUACGGUAGCAGAGUCCACUCUGACUCCAACCGA